AGCGAACAGCUUGUUGGCGCAUGGCUCCGUCUGGAAGGCAACCCGGCAGCUUCACCUCACCCGCGGAGCUGUGGAGGCGCCAGUGACCGGCUGCCAUGCGAGCUUCCGGCGCGAUGCAUUGUGGGGCCGUGAGGACACGGCCCGGGAAGGGCGGCGGAGGGGACGGGGACGGGCCGGCGCAUGCGCGGCCGCCUCCCCCGCCCCUGGUCCCUCUGGGCUGCCGGUGGGCGCCAGAAGCGCAUCCUUGCGAGGGGGAAAGGGCUGUGAAACAGGCUGCCCGGGGAAGUGGUGGAAGCACCGUCCCUGGAGGUGUUCAAAAGGCAGGUGGAGGUGGUGCUGGAGGACGUGGUUUAGUGCUGGGACUUGGCACUUCAGCAGUUGGACUCCGUGAUCUUAAAGGUUCCUUCCAGCCUCGGCGAUUCUGUCAUUCGGCUGCCCACCGUCACGUCCUGUCCCACCUCAGGUCAAUGAAAACAACAGAAAUGACUAACCGAGAAGAAGCUGAGAUCCAAAUUUCGGAAUUAGAGCUACUCUCCAGCAUGUUUCCCUAUGAGGAAGAGUUCGUUGUGACUGACCAGGUGGCUCUAGCAGAACUAAAGCACUAUGCUGAAAAUGAGUCUGCAGAGAUGCCAUCUUCAAAAGUUCAGUUUAUACUGAAUGUUAAGCCACAGGUCUCCAAUACCUCUAUGGUGGAAUUUGCUAUGACCUGUGCCUUACCGUUUAAAUAUCCAACUGUUCUACCAGAAAUUACUGUGAGGUCUUCAUUAUUAAGCCGCUCUCAGCAGAUUCACCUGAACUCUGACCUAAAAGCAUAUUUGAUGCAAAACUGCAGUGGUGAGCCCUGCAUGUUGAGUGCAAGGGAAUGGGUGAAAGAUCAUGCAGCUGCUUACAUUGACAAGGAGCUUUCAUCUUCCUCAGUGACAACAUCAAAUGCCAUGCAGCCAGAAGACACUGUGUUCACUCGAUUGUGGAUCUAUAGUCAUCACAUUUACAACAAGCAAAAAAGAAAGAAUAUUAUUGACUGGGCCAAGGAGCUCUCUCUGUCAGGGUUUUGCAUGCCAGGGAAACCAGGUGUUGUUUGUGUAGAAGGUCUGCAAAGUAGUUGUGAAGAGUUCUGGUCAAGAGUAAGAAAGUUAACGUGGAAAAGAAUUCUCAUUCGGCACAGAGAAGAUGUUUCUUUGGAAGGUGGAGGGCAUGCUGAGAUUCAGAAACAAAGGAAGUUCCCUGCUUUGGAAGAAAAAUGUUUUGAUGCACAUGGUUCCAGAGGAAAUCAUAUGGAUUUGGGGCAGCUAUAUCGGUUUUUAGAAGAAAAAGGAUGUGCUGACAUUUUUCAGAUGUACUUUGGGGUUGAAGGGCAUUGAAGAAAUUGAAGAUCACCACAGGUCCAAGUGCCUACAUUUGUAAGUUGAUCCUCGUAACAGAUUCCUUAGCUGUUCUGCCACAGCUGAUCAGAGAGGGAAUUAAUAAUUCAUGGUUUGUAUGAUGAAUCCAGUUUUCAGUGAAAACAAGUAUCCAGUGAAAUCCUGAAUAAUGAAAAUGACUAAACAAAUGCUUUAUAUGCUUUCCAGUUUUAAGAACAUUUAGGGUACAUACCUAAUUACAAAGAAAGAAAAUACAUUUGAUUACUUACCAGGCAGUUACAGAAUUAUAGAUGAAUGAAUGGAUUUCUAGUGAAGGAGUAUAUGAAUAAGAAGAGACAAAAAUCAAAUGUGGAUAUCUCAGGAGAGGAAAUCUGAUGUUUACAUUAUUUGUUACUGUUUACAGACACUACAUUCUGCACAAUCUUUUCUUCUACUUUCUACCUGGAAGUAUGUUAAGACAGGGUAUUAAUGUUUUAUUUAAAAAAAAAA